AUGCAAAACGUCUGUUCCAAGUUCAGGUUGCAGCUUCGUUUCUCCGUUCGCGUGGUGAUGUGCGAGUGCACCUGUGAGAGAUGUGUUCCGAAAGCCGCCUGCGCGGCUGGGGACACAGCCCGGCUCACUCGCACAGCCGCGGUCACUCGCACAGCCUGGGUCACUCGCACAGCCUGGGUCACUCGCACAGCCGCGGUCACUCGCACAGCCCCGGUCACUCGCACAGCCCGGCUCACUCGCACAGCCCGGCUCACUCGCACAGCCGCGGUCACUCGCACAGCCCCGGUCACUAGCACAGCCCGGGUCACUCGCACAGCCCGGCUCACUCGCACAGCCCGGGUCACUCGCACAGCCCGGGUCACUCGCACAGCCGCGGUCACUCGCACAGCCCCGGUCACUAGCACAGCCCGGGUCACUCGCACAGCCCGGCUCACUCGCACAGCCCGGGUCACUCGCACAGCCGCGGUCACUCGCACAGCCGCAGUCACUCGCACAGCCCCGGUCACUCGCACAGCCCCGGUCACUCGCACAGCCGCGGUCACUCGCACAGCCCCGGUCACUCGCACAGCCCGGCUCACUCGCACAGCCGCGGUCACUCGCACAGCCGCGGUCACUCGCACAGCCGCGGUCACUCGCACAGCCGCGGUCACUCGCACAGCCCCGGUCACUCGCACAGCCCGGCUCACUCGCACAGCCGCGGUCACUCGCACAGCCGCGGUCACUCGCACAGCCCCGGUCACUCGCACAGCCCGGCUCACUCGCACAGCCCCGGUCACUCGCACAGCCCGGCUCACUCGCACAGCCGCGGUCACUCGCACAGCCCCGGUCACUAGCACAGCCCCGGUCACUAGCACAGCCCGGGUCACUCGCACAGCCCGGCUCACUCGCACAGCCGCGGUCACUCGCACAGCCGCGGUCACUCGCACAGCCGCGGUCACUCGCACAGCCCCGGUCACUCGCACAGCCCGGCUCACUCGCACAGCCGCGGUCACUCGCACAGCCCCGGUCACUCGCACAGCCGCGGUCACUACAGUGUUGUAGCAGUGGAUAUUUCUCGUGCAAACACCUUUUCUGACUGUAAAUUUCUGUACCACAGCGAGCAGGAGAUUGACUGAGCUUUCUGAUGUUUUGGGGAAACUAAACAGGAGGAGGUCAGUUUCUGUGUAGUUCCAAUUCAUGAAGCAAGCUGGAGGAACACCUGCCCAGCUUCGUGUCCAUGUGGUCUGAACAGAAGGGUAGCCAGAAAUUAUGAAAGCUGCUGAGAGUCUUGGUCGACGGGCCGACUAAGUUUGGAAGAUGCUAUUCCCAGAAUAUAAUGGAAAACAUUUUAUUCAAGUAACAAGUAAAUGAAAUGGGAAGACUCAGUCAGAGGGUUUGAACUACUUCUAUUGUCAUCUGAGAAAGCCACAAUGAAGUGUUAGGCAGCAUUUAAUGUCAGCCUCCAAACGGACAGGAGGUUCUUAGCUCUUGUGGUACCUCCAGAGAACUUGGUGUGGCCGAGAUGUGGACAAAUGUCUGGAGAGAUUAAGAUGCACGUGAUUGUGUGAUAGGGACGGUGCCUGAAGAAACAGCUUGGGAAAUGUGAACGCAGACAAAAUGGAGCGCAAAGGUGACUGAAGGGCAGGACAAGGGCUGUGCUCGCGAGUGACCGUCUUGCUUGGGGGCUCUCGUUCAGCGCUUUGAGUGAGAAUGUUUCCCCGUGGCUUAAGUCAACAGCUGCUAGGAGUUGAGUGUAUUUGUUCUGCGUAGUGUUCCAGUCCGUGUAUGAACUCAUGACUGUAAAACAACAUAAUUUGUAGUGCAGAUUAGAAAAUACAAACUGAUCUUGCCAGGGCUCAAGGUGGCGUCUGUGUGUGUGUGUGUGUGUGUGUGUAUAUAUAUAUUUAUAUAUGUGUGUGUGUGUGCAUGCAUGAACACGCACACAAGCAGCACAACAUAGUUGUUGAAAAAACUACAAAAAAAAAAAAAAAGAA